CUAAGAUCAAAUACCACGCUCGAGUCAAAAGGCAAGCGUCUCCCGGCCCCGAUUUCACUCCUCUACAGGAUCACAGGGAGCAAGUCCUGAAGACUGGAGUAGCCCCUUUACAGCAGCAGCGGCGGCGGCAGCAGCGCGCAGGCUGUAAAUAGAUCAUAUCGGACACUAAUUUGAUUUAGAGAUUCCUGCGUCUGGACCUUAAACCAGAGAAACAAAAGACUAUGAAUGUGCAAGAUCAGAUUUUGUGUGGAAGAUUUUGGUCUCAGCUCCGUCGCCUCUCCGAAGGACGUCCUCGGUCUUAAUGGGAGAUUUAUUGAUGAUUUUGUCGAUGAUUUGCAUGUUCAAUCUCGGAGCAAAUGAAAGGGUGGGACAACGCCAUUGACUGUGACAGGCAGUGUGCAGCAAUGAUUUAUCUCUGUUUGUCCAGUCUCUUCUUCAGCAAUCCAUCUCCACACAACACUGUUGAAAGCGCAGUGGAGUAGAUGCAGUGGAUUUGCAAGCUUUGACUAUUUGUGCCUCACGAGUUGUGUGUUUUUUAUAUUUAACGAGGGCUAAAAGGAUACAAGCGAUUUCCAUCUGUAAAGGGUUAACGCUGUCUAAAAAAAAAAAAAAAGGUGCUUUGAAAUCAUGCACUCGUGCAUAUUGAAUUACGUGUGAAAUGUAUUUCGUGUAAGCUGCACGCUCUGUUAAUUAAACGUUGUUGUGUUUUUUUCUUCUAAUUGAGCAAACCUCCUGAGCCUGAGAUUUCAAAACUAGAUUUUGCCCCUGGCACACCCCCUGAGAUAAUUAACCAACCAUCACAGCCUUUACCUUAACCGUGGGCUGCGAGUCUUUCUGCUGCUGCACUAUAACAGGAGAAGGGAAGUGAAAACAUGUUAGGGAGGGAGCCAAUGGAGGCUUAUUGAAGCUGUCAGAGAUCACCUCGUCUCUCUGUUGCCUUUUUUUUUUCCUUGGAUGAACUGAUUUUACUGAUCAAGUGAGCCACAAUGUUGACGAGGCUUUUCAGUGACCCCUCGCUUCUCCCAGACGUGCAGAAAUACUCCGGCUGGGCGGACGACAGUGACAGCGAGGAUUCCAAGAUCAAAGAUGAGGACCAUGACACACAGGACGACAUGGACUCCUCUGAUCUGAGAGGAGACAGCAGGACGCACUCCGAACACGCCGGGGAAGACGACGAGGACGACGAGGUGGAGGAAGAGGACGACGGAGAGGACACAGAGGGGGAAAGACCCAAGAAAAGGGGCCCCAAGAAGCGCAAGAUGACGCAGGCCCGAAUCGAGCGCUCCAAAAUGCGACGGAUAAAGGCCAACGCGCGAGAGCGGACCCGCAUGCACGACCUAAACUCUGCGCUCGACAAUCUGCGUAAAGUGGUGCCCUGCUACUCCAAAACGCAAAAACUGUCCAAAAUCGAGACGCUGCGUUUGGCCAAAAACUAUAUCUGGGCCCUGUCGGAGAUAUUGCGCAAUGGUAAAAGGCCCGACCUUGUGUCCUACGUCCAGACGCUGUGCAAGGGUCUCUCCCAGCCAACGACCAACCUGGUGGCGGGAUGCCUGCAGCUGAACUCCCGUAACUUCCUGACUGAGCAGCAGUGUCAGGAGGGGGGCAGGUACGGAUCUGGCUCCUUCUCCAUGCACUCCUACCCCUACCAGUGCGCACGUCUGUCCAGCCCCCACUGCCAGCCGGGCUCGAACUCGCAUCCGCUGAGGACGCACGGCUACUGCUCGGCUUACGACUCUCUGUAUGGUGGAAGCGGAUCCCCGGAGUACAACAGCCCCGAGUAUGAGGGGCCCCUCAGCCCGCCCCUGUGCAUCAAUGGCAACUUUUCCCUGAAGCACCAAGGCUCCGCGUCCCCCGACAACGAGAAGGGGUACCACUACUCUAUGCAUUACUCCGGCCUGCCUGGCUCCAGAUCCACCGGGUCCCACAACCUGGUGUUUGGCUCCUCAGGGGCCCGGAGCGGCAUUCACUCUGAAAACGUCCUGCCUUACCACGACAUGCACUUACACCACGAACGGGCCCCCGUGUAUGAUGAACUGAACGCGUUUUUUCACAAUUAAAACGAGAAGCCUGUUGUGCGUCCCCUUGCAAUCAACAAUCUAUCCACGGCACACUUUUUUGACAAGCUUACCCACCAGGAUUUAGGCAUUCUGGAGAGAUGUUUCACUCGUUGUCAUUGGUGUUUUUUCCUUUAAUUUAUUCUGUAUUGAACUUGCUAUAGUCAGGGAUGUAGUGGAGAGAAAUCCACCUAACCCACAAUCUUAUUUAUCCAGCUUUUUCAGGCUGAUAUAAAUCUAUAAGAUGAAAUUUGAUGAUAAACAAAUCAUAUCAACACCUGAGGAUAAAGGAAUUUCAAGUAAUAUGAUGUUUUUAAAAUGUGAUUUGUGUUUGUAUUGGUGGUUGUUUGCAUUUUGAUGACUGGAAGUCAAAGUUUACCCACUUCUUUAUUUACCACUACAUCACUGGCUACAGCUACACACCCUGACAUUGGCGGUGAUUUUCUAAUAAUAUAUCAUUAGAAAUAAAUCAGUGAACAAGCUAAUGCAAAUCACAUUUACUCGCCUGUACGUGCCAGAUUUGGGGAGGGUUUUUUUUUUUUUUUUUGGAAAUGGUCAAAUUUAAAGAGGAAGUUUAGAGGAGGGGAAAUGCUGAAUCGAGAGUGAUGUGCUUAGUUGGGUAGUUUUAAAGGAAUCAGUUCUCCAUCAAAUCAAUCCAAUCGUUUCGCAUCUAUGCAAAACCCAACGAGACUACAGAGCAAGGCAGCGAGGCCCAGGAAGACACUGUAUGUUUCAUCAGCACUGUUGUUCCACGCACGGGUGUGUGCGCGCGCACACACACACACACACACACACACACACACACACACGCACACACGCACAUACACACACACUCACUCACUUGCACACUUGAAUUAACACAACGAAUCUGACAAUGGCUGGGCUGGCCACAAUGUUUGAACUUCUACUUCUUCUUAAAAAAAAAUCUAAAUAUAAUGAAAUCAAACAUUUUUUUUCUCAUUUUCGUUUUUUAUUCUUAUUUAAUCAUAUGAAUCUUUUUUCUUCUUCUUGAGCCAUUGUACUGUAUUUUCAUUUCAAGUAAAUUUUGAUUCAAUAUUUUCAUUUUAAUUUGCAAUCUGCUGUUGAAUAAGUUAUUAUUAUUAUUAUUAUCAUUAUUAUUAUUAUUAUUAUUAUUGCACGUAUUUAUUGUGUUGUUUUUUGUAAUUAAUGUUAAUAGUCCAUGAAAAUGAAGGGAUCCCAUGUGUUGCUGAUCAUUUUUUCAUAAAAUUCAAGUCUUUCAACUUUGUAUUCAACCAACUGUGUGGUAAAAUAAAAUGACAAUAAAUGAGA